AUCAUGAGUGAGCUUGGUAUCAAGAACAGUUUAAUAGUAGGCUUCUGUGCAUUUUUCGUAUUCCUCAGCAGUUUAUUAGUAAAUCUAAUACAACUCAUCAAUUAUCUGACCAUAAGAUAUGUGAAUGUAAAUCUCUAUCGACAAAUCAAUUCGUACUUUCAAUAUAUUAUUUAUUCGCAGAUAAUAGCGAUAUGCGAGGUAUGGUCGGGCAGUACGGUUGAGAUAUAUUUCGCCGACAAGUCCACCGCCGAUGGGUUCGGUAGCGAACACUCACUAGUGGUGGCCAACCAUAGGUACGAAACGGACGCCGCCUUCCUAUGGCUGGUGGCCGAGAGGUACGGCUGUCUGGGCUCGAGCAAGGCUUUUGCCAAACGAGAGCUCCGGUAUGUGCCGAUAAUCGGGUGGACCUUCUUUUUCGGCGAAUACAUAUUCCUGGAGAGGGACUGGCGUAAGGACGCCGACAACAUAGCGAUCGGUUUGGACCACAUUAUGGCUCACAAACAGCCGACGCUACUCAUGAUCGCCGCCGAAGGCACCAGAUUUACGGCACAGAAGUACGAGACGAGUAUGAAGUUUGCCACCGAUAGGGGACUGGGAGUUCACUAUAAACACCAUUUGCUGCCCAGAGUUAAGGGAUUUGCGUAUUCCGUGCGACACUUGAAGGAGAAGUACCCUGAGGCCGCUCUCUAUAGUCUUCAGUUAGCUUUUGAUGAGAACAAGGAGUCCAUCAAAAUAUCAAAUCUUAUAAAAGGCGUUCCCAUGAAUGGUUCGGUUCAUAUCAAAAGGAUUCCGUUGAGUACUGUUCCCACCGAUAGUGAGGAAUCGAUUGCCAAAUAUCUGUACGAUCUUUACAGUGAAAAGGUAAAUAUACUCUGA